AUGUCUAAAGAAUUGUUCUCCACAAUUAAAAGGCUUGACAAUUGUUUUUCCCGUGAAGUAUUACUUAAAAAAGGAGGAUGUUGUUAUGUAUCAUACAAAGAUUAUUGUCCCACCAAACAAAAUGGGGGAAAGAGAGAAUGUAACACAAAUGGUGAAAAAAUUAAUGCUGGGCUUAUGUGGUUGUUAGAGAAGUUCAAGGAUCAUUAUUGUAAUGGUAGUUCUGGAAAUAAAAAUAUCAAAUAUCCUGAAUAUGCUAUUUUAUGGUUAAGUAAUAUAAUAAAUAAAACGCCAGGUGAAGGAAUCAGCACAUUAAAAGAUUUUUAUACUAAACAUAUAGAAAAUAAUGCGCAUUAUACUAAUUCCAAUAGUGAUGGUAAAAAUUGUAAUAAUUCAUUAAAAGAUGGAAUAGGACAUGCAAAUUUUAAGAAGUUCAUAGAAGAAAACGAAAAUUUCAUGAAUAUAGAUAUGAACACUAUGGCUAUGUUGUAUGAUGCAUUUGAAAUCUUAUGUAAUAUGUAUACUGAAUUUAACGAAAAAACGACAGAUUGCAGGAAAUAUUUGCAAUAUGCUAAAGAAUUUAUUGAAUUUUAUGGUUACCUUAAUCAAAUUUCUGAUAUCACUGAAAAUAGUCCAUAUCGUCAAGUAUUGUCUACUUUAUUAAAUGAUUAUGAUAAUUUUAAAAAGAUAUAUAAUAAUGCUCAAUGUUCCAAAUCUGUACCUCUUCCAACAAUAGAAAACAUACAAGCUUCUGCGCUAAGUUCUGAAAUUACAUUAUCAAAUUUGUCGAUAGAAAAAAAAUUAUCUAUAGUUUUAUCUAUAUUUGGUGCAAUAGUACUUUUUUUGGGAAUUUCUUAUAAGUAUUCGUUAUUUGGGGUUCGGGAAAGAGCUCAAAAACAUUUAAGAAGAAAGCUAAAAAAAUUAAGAAGAAAAUGGACAAUUAAUAUAUGA